GAGCCAAGAGGCUCCUCCUCUCCGUUUCUGCUCUCCGCCCUUUCAGCCCUUCGUUUGGCUCCGCCGCCGGAUCGGCUUCCUCCGCCCCCACCCUUCGGAAAGGCCGUUAAGUUCCGCCACCACUUCGGCAACUUCCGCCGGUUCGGUCGGAAAUGGCCGAAGACGUGAGAGAUCCAGCGGUUUAGGGGAGAAGACCGGCCCGGCUUCUUGGAACAAACCAACUGUGUCCGAACUGGGGGGGGUGGGGGGGGAGCAGGAGAGAGCGGACGGAGGAAGAAGACAAGGCAGCGGCUAUGGCUCCCCCCCCAGCCACUCGCGGGAGGCAGCGCAGCGGGCGCCGGGACCGCGACUCCGCCAGGAGGGUGAAGUGAGGGCGGCAAGAGGCUCCAUACAGAUGAGUAGAGAGUUGAGUACAGAAGAGCGACAGAUUCCAGUUUUCUGGUUGAUCACCUUGUACACACUGGUGAAAAAGAGACUUGGCAGGAGAAGCUGUCUGUUCAAGACUGGACAACUAAAGCACAGGAGCCACUAACACACACUCCCUGACUUUCUCCAUUCAUCAGGAGGGAACCUGCAUGACAGAGGAAUGGCAGAGCAUCAGCCGGGCAGCAGCGAUGAGAGAGACUGACAUUCCUACAAGUCUCUUCUGGCUCCUUCUCCACAAUGGCUGGUGCCUCUGCAUAUUCAUUGGAUGGUAAUGCAGGAUGUCAAGAGCAGUGGUAGAGUUUGGCUUGAUCCCAUUGUGUUUUUCUUCUGCUGGUAGAGGCUUUGAAUCACCAUGACAACGCCGUGACACUUCCAGCAACUGAUUGCCUGCAGACCAAGGGUGGGCUGAGGGUGGACGAGAAGGUCAAUGAUUGAGUCUAACGGGAUCAAAAGUUGCGCCUGCAGCAAAACGAUUCUAGAGAAGCUGUCAGCACAACAAGAAGAUGAAAUUCCCCUUCUAUUGGCUUCUCGUUAAGCAGGCACAAUAACUUUUUCUUUCAAGAGACUCGCUAUAAAAACUCUUUUGGUUAUGGCUACUGAUCCAACGUGAUUGGGCGCGCCGCGACUUUUGAACUCAUGACUGGAUAUACGAUGUUGCGGAAUGGGGGAGUGGGGAAUGGAGGCCAGCCGUGGGUGUUGAGAUGGUCCAGUCGGAUCCGGCUCACCUGGCUUAGUUUCACCCUCUUUGUCAUCCUUGUCUUCUUUCCCCUCAUUGCCCAUUACUACCUAACCACCAUCGACGACGCGGACGAUGCCGGCAAGCGCAUCUUUGGCCCUCGGACCGGCAACGAGCUGUGUGAGGUAAAGCACGUGCAAGACCUCUGCCGCAUCCGUGAGUCGGUCAGCGAGGAGCUGCUCCAGCUGGAGGCCAAGAGGCAGGAGCUCAACAGCGAGAUCGCCAAGCUCAACUUGAAGAUCGAGGCCUGCAAAAAGAGCAUUGAAAAUGCCAAGCAGGACCUGCUGCAGCUGAAGAACGUCAUCAGCCAGACUGAGCAUUCCUACAAAGAGCUGAUGGCUCAGAACCAGCCCAAGCUCUCCUUGCCCAUCCGGCUGCUGCCAGACAAAGACGACGCGACCUUCCCCCUGCCAAAAUCCAGCCGGAGCUGCAGACUACACAACUGUUUUGACUACUCACGCUGCCCGCUGACAUCUGGCUUCCCAGUCUACGUCUACAACAGUGACGAUUACCCUUUUGGUAGUUCCUUAGACCCUUUAAUUAAACAAGCCUUUGAGGCAACUGUCAGAACUAAUGUUUAUGUUACUGAAAAUGCAAAUAUUGCUUGUCUGUAUAUAAUUUUAGUGGGGGAAAUUCAAGAGCCCGUAAUGCCAAAACCUACUGAACUAGAGCAACAGUUGCACUCUUUGCCAUAUUGGAGGACUGAUGGACAUAACCAUCUCAUCAUCAACUUGUCGAGGAAAUCUGAAACCCAGAACUUCCUUUACAACAUCAGCACAGGGCGCGCCAUGGUUGCCCAGUCCACCUUCUACGAUGUGCAGUAUCGACCGGGGUUUGAUAUUGUGAUAUCGCCUCUGGUCCAUGCUAUGUCUGAACCCAAUUUCCUAGAAAUCCCGCCCCAGGUGCCAAUCAAGCGAAAAUAUCUGUUUAGUUUCCAGGGGGAGAAGAUCGAGUCUCUCAGAUCUAGCUUGCAAGAGGUUCGCUCUUUCGAAGAGGAGAUAGAAGGCAAUGCCCCAGCUGACUAUGACGAUCGGAUCAUUACCACCUUGAAGGCUGUUCAGGACAGCAAGUUGGACUUUGUUUUGGUGGAGUUCACGUGUAAGAACCAGCCUAAGGCGAGUCUGCCCACUGAGUGGGCUCUGUGUGGAGAAAGAGAUGACAGACUAGAGCUACUGAAGCUAUCUACUUUUGCACUGAUAAUCACCCCAGGGGACACCCAUUUAGUGAUCUCCGCCGGGUGUGCCAUGAGACUGUUUGAGGCUCUGGAAGUUGGAGCCAUCCCGGUGGUUCUCGGAGAGCAAGUUCAGCUACCCUAUAAUGAUGUGAUCCGGUGGAACGAGGCAGCCUUAAUCAUACCAAAGCCACGUAUCACAGAAGUGCACUUUCUUCUGAGAAGCAUUUCUGACAACGAUCUCCUUGCCAUGAGGAGGCAGGGCCGCUUCUUGUGGGAGACCUACUUCUCCACCUCUGACAACGUCUUCAGCACAGUCUUAGCUAUCAUAAGGACUCGAAUCCAAAUCCCGGCUGCUCCUAUCCGAGAAGAAACCGCCGUGGAGAUUCCCCACCGGUCUGGCAAAGCUGCUGGUACAGACCCCAAUAUGGCAGACAACGGUGACCUGGACUUGGGGCCUGUGGAAACAGAACCACCCUACGCAUCUCCCAAAUAUCUCCGCAAUUUCACCCUCACUGCAAUGGACAUCUACAGGAAUUGGAAUUCUGCUCCGGGGCCUUUCCACCUUUUCCCCUACACUCCCUUUGACCCUGUUUUACCGUCAGAAGCAAAAUUUUUGGGGUCUGGGACUGGAUUUCGACCAAUUGGUGGAGGAGCAGGUGGCUCUGGGAAGGAGUUCCAAGCUGCUUUGGGUGGCAACGUCCCCCGGGAGCAGUUCACAGUAGUGAUGUUGACUUAUGAGCGGGAGGAAGUGUUGAUGAACUCCCUAGAAAGGCUCAAUGGUCUCCCGUACUUAAAUAAAGUUGUGGUAGUGUGGAACUCUCCCAAGCUUCCUUCUGAAGAUCUCUUGUGGCCAGACAUUGGUGUCCCAAUCAUGGUCGUCCGCACAGAGAAAAACAGCCUGAACAACCGUUUCCUGCCGUGGGAUGAGAUCGAGACAGAAGCCAUCCUGUCCAUUGAUGAUGACGCUCACCUUCGCCACGACGAGAUCAUGUUUGGGUUCCGUGUCUGGAGAGAGGCGAGGGACCGCAUCGUCGGCUUCCCGGGGCGGUACCACGCCUGGGACAUCCCCCAUCAGUCCUGGCUCUACAACUCCAACUACUCCUGCGAGCUCUCUAUGGUGCUCACUGGUGCUGCCUUCUUCCAUAAGUACUACGCCUACUUGUACUCCUACGUGAUGCCACAGGCCAUCCGCGACAUGGUGGACGAGUACAUCAACUGUGAGGACAUCGCCAUGAACUUCCUGGUGUCUCACCUGACCAGGAAACCUCCCAUAAAGGUGACCUCCCGCUGGACCUUCCGCUGCCCCGGCUGCCCUCAGGCGCUUUCCCACGAUGACUCUCACUUCCACGAGCGACACAAGUGCAUCAACUUCUUCGUGAAGGUGUACGGGUACAUGCCCCUCCUCUACACCCAGUUCCGCGUGGACUCGGUCCUCUUCAAGACCCGGCUGCCCCACGACAAGACAAAAUGCUUCAAGUUCAUCUAGAGGCCUGGGAAGGGGGAGGCGAGGGGCAGUGUGUGCCCCCCGAGCCACGGAGAGGGAGGGGGAGGGCAGAGAGUGGCUUUUGGGUUGGGCUGGGAGUGCAAAACGUUCGCUGUUGCCUCUGGCCAGGCCCAGCCCCUGCUCCCUGGGGCUCCGGCUGCCCCCAUAGGGAAGGGACCGGAGCUCACACGGCUUCUGUAAAGACACUCCCGAGGAUCCUACACUGAGGAACAGCCCGUUGGCUAGUGGCUCUGCCCCCUCACUAGCCAAGGGCAACCAUUCUUUUUAAUUAUUGUUAUUUAAAAUGAAAGUGUUUUAGAUUUGCCACGUGAGGGGUUUGUUGGUUUGGUUUCUUUUUCCCCUCCCCUUACCCACCCCCUUUUCCCCUCUGUAUCUCUCUGCCCAUCAGGGCGGGGGGGGGUAGUGGCGUGGUCAGGCCAGGCUGGAGGUGUUUGUCACAGAGAAGUUAUUCCCAGUGUCAAGGCAGCCCUGGUCCCCGCUGCUGUCCCUGUUUUCCUCCUGCAGGGCAGCCACACUCCCCUCCCACACUCCAUGUCCCAGCUCCUCUUGCCCUGUGGCUACUACUGAGGACUUUCAGGUGUCAGCUACUGAGGAGCUCUUGGCUGUGCUCUGCUCACCACCCAGAGUGCUGCCCUUGGAGAGGGCCAAGUGGGGAAGAAUUUGGCCCAAGAGGGUCCUUCCCAUCUUGCAGCACCACAGCCCCUGUUCUGUAACCCGUAGUGGGGGGGGGGGUAUUGGUUGCUGCAGUCUCAUGCUCAGUGUCCUCACCCAUGGCAGCCACUGCUAAACCUCCUGUGUUUGGGGCUUGGGAAUGAUGCAGGAGGGGCUGGCAGUGCCCCAGGCUCAUGCGUUCAGCUGCAGGGAGCCUGGCCUGGCCCUUCACAAGCGCUUUGGGACUUCUGUCCUUCAGGGCCUACUUCCCUGGCCCCUCUGAUCUGCACCUGUAGCACCUUGGGAUGGGCUACACGAUAUAAAACAUUGUGAUGAAGCUCUUUCCCAGGAGCAGCUGAGCACAGUCAGGCUGCCCAGAGAAGCUCCAGGGGGCAGUCCCAGCUGCAGCAGUGGCAUCAGGACGCCGGGGCCAGCUCUGUUGAUCCCUUUGCAUUUUGUGAACAGAGGAAGGAGAAGAGGCUGCAGCCCCGAAGAGCUGAGGCCAGGUAGAGCCCAUAGGCCACAGUCCCCGCUCUGCCUCGUCCCUCAGCCCCAUCCCAGAGCCAGCCGUGCCCACGGCGGGUUCUCUGCGGGGCUCAGUGUCACCGCCUUAACGUCCCGUCUUGUGCCCGCUCAGGUCCCAGCUUUGGGGUGAUCCCACCAGGGGCUCCCCCAGGCACCACCAGCACUGCGAUGGUUUUGGGAAUGGUCUCAGAGAUGGUUUUGGGGAUGGCCUCAGAGACGGUUUUGGGAUGGCCUUGGAGAUGGUUUCUCCCAGCAAAGUGAAACACCGUCCCAUCUGUGUGGUCGUAGCUCCCUUCGGCCUCAGUCCCAGCCCAUAACAAGAGGGAAAGGCCCCGCUUGGGUCACUUUCUCCCUCAGUGCAUCCCAGAUGGUGAAGAGAAGCCUGGAGAAGCUCUUGCUGAGUAGACAGGAAGGUGAAACUCAUGUGAUUCUCCUCCACAUCCCCGUCUUUCCCAGCCCAACUUCCACCACUGCGGCUCUAAGGGACGCCACUGCCUGGUUUGUCUGUGCCGAACACAGGGCUGGGCCUGGGCCCACCCGUAAGGCCAUCCCUGUCUGUGCUCCUCUCCUGCACCACAAUUUGAGGUGUUCAGAGGCUCCUCCAGCAGCGUUUCGGCCUAUUUUUCACUUCAGCCCUACACCUGAGGCUCACUGACAGCUUCUGCUGGGGAAGGGAAGGGGCAGCCCAUCCCCAGCCGAGACGAGGGCUCGUGCCUUCACCAGCACUGCAGACUGCAGCCAAAUAGGGAUCUUUCCCUCUCCGUACACGGUUGGGUUUUCCUUUCCACUCGCUUUUUAACAUCAGGUGCUCAAAAAAGAGCACGUGAAGGCUCUCGUUACCCUGAAAGAUGUGAUUGGAGACUCCUGUGAGGCCCUGAAAUGCCUGGGAGGGGGUUUUCUGCCCCUGCUCAGAGUGGGAAUGUGGCACUUGGCAGCAGCUACAGCAGCUUCAGUAUCCCCGAGGGGCCGCACAGCUUUCGCCGCUGCCGUUAGCUCUCCCCUCCUCAGCGGGUGGUUCGUGGGCAGGGCUGCAGUCGCUGAGGUACACGCAGGUCUCCAAUGCUGGCUGGAGGCAGCUCUGCCCUGCCCACCCCUCCACAUGGAUCGUACUUUAUAGCGACAGAGAGAUGCUGCUCAGCAACUCGUCUUCAGAAAGUUGUAAGGGAAACGUCACUGUUCUGGUGAGAAACUGUAACACAGGCAGCUCAGGAGAUGGAGCCAGGGCAGGGAGCGUUUGCAUCGGAUGCCUCGCCCCAGCGAGGCUGGGGUUUGCUGAGCCUCGGGGUGUGUCUGCAGGGUUUCUUCCCUCUGUUGGUGCGUUUCAGUUCAAGGCCAGUUAAGAGACAAUGAAAAUCCAAAUGAUCUGAAGCGUUGUUUUUAUGGAGGGUCCGUGGGGAUGGAUGUCAGGCUGGGAGGGUCAUGGUUGUGGGGGAGAGGCUGCCUGAGGGCAUCAGGGCACAGGGCAGGGGGUGGUUUCCUCCUCGCUGAGACCCCCAGAUGGGGGAGGACUUGGGGAUGAAGGGGUGAGUUGUGCUGCGAGUUGCUGGUGGCAGCAACACUGGGAGGGAUGAGGAGACAAAAUAUGGGUGAGAGCAGCCGCACCAGGCUGGGCCGUCCCUCCCGCUCCUCUGCUGGUGCGGCUCUCUCCCAGAUCUUCCCAAACAGCCACGCCGAUCCCUCUGGAGUACAGACUGGCGAUUCCCACCCUGGCUUUCUCCUGUGAGACAUCUCAGGAUCCGAGCUGUCCUUACUCUUCACCAUCAGGGAGGUGAGGGGCGUUUCUGGAGAGGUUCCAUCGCCCGUCGCUCUGCAGGGAUGUCCAGGGGGUGACCCCAAAGCUCAGGUCAGGUUGUGGGAGCCCUAAGAAGAAGGGAAGGUCCCCCAAGGGAAAGGCCUUUUCCGCCUUCCCACAUUUGCUGCCUCUUCUCCCAGGACCAGGGGUGGAGUGAGGCCUUUUUCACCUUCGCUGUAAAUAGCAUCAUCUGCGGUGACACGGACCCCUUCCCCCCCAGCCCUGGACCCGCUUCGUGUCGCGCAGCCCCCGCCUUCCCCUGCGCCGUGGUUGUGUGAACAGCUCCGUGAGCACCAGGUUGAAACAGAAACAAACAAAAUACCCAAGAGAAAAGAAACACUCCUUCAACACGAGCACAAUGUCGAGUCUUUUUGUAAAAGGAUCCAAUAAAUGGAGUUUAACUUGA